UCAAUAUCCCCUUCACAACAAGCGGCUAGCUAAAACAAAACGACACGUAUUUUCUCAGGAUAAAACCAUAGACGAGUAUUUAAAGCACCAUGGACAACAACAAUAACAACCAGAUUCUUGACGUAUUGGAAGGAUGGCCAAGUGAUGUGUACGGAUUUUUGAGGGGGACACGGCCAAAUGGAUUGAACUUGUGGGUCACUUUCAUGUUGGAGGACAGGGUCGGACUGAACGAUACAAACGACGAGAAACAAAGCAGAUUGCCUGACAUCUGGGAGAGGGAACAGAAUGAAAUAGAUGAGGAGCAGAAAUGGGUGAAUGAGGAGGAGCAGAAUGAGACAGAUGAGAAGCAGAAGUGGGUGAAUGAGGAGGAGGAACAGAAUGAGACAGAUGAGGAGCAGAAGUGUGUGAAUGAGGAGGAGGAACAUUACAACCCGUACCUCCGGUUGUAUGCCGACUGUGAAGAUUGGGGAUAUGGUGACGGUAUGCCAGAGACAUGGAGGCAAUAAAUCGAGUUCACAAAAACCUUAUGAGAAGUCGAUCUCGCUAGCGACAAAUGAGAUGCAACAUGUUGAAUGCGGGGGCUGUCGGACCCGGAACCGCCCCAGAAUGAAAAUCGCCGAACUGAUGUUUUCACAAAGUAAAAAAAAAGACGUAUAAUUUGAACAUAAGUCUGUAGUUCUUUCAAAGUUUGACAUUGCACUAUUGACUUUGAUAUUAUUAAACGAAGUAUCAAAAGGGACACUAUUCGUACAUUCUAUCCUUGGCUUUGAAGGUUAAGUUGGAUGCAUGCGGAAGUGAACAUUUUAUAGAAAAAUAUCUGUUUGUUUGUACAAAAUCUGU